GUCCUAUAAAUAGGAAAGCAUAGGUUGCUUCAAAGUGUUCACCACUACACAACUAAGUUCAUAUUUGUCCUUGAUAAUAACCCCCAAAGUUUUUAUCUUCUCAUUUGCUGGUCAACAUAUUGUUAUUCUCAACCAUUGUGAAUAUCAUCAAAAAGACAAUGGUGGUCAUAACAACACCUUCCAUUGAUCACUUUCCCAUAGUCAACAACUCUUUCAUAGACCCCUCAUUGUUCAAUGAUGUUCCAAUAAUAGACCUCUCUGAACCCGACUCCAUCAACCUCAUUGUUAAGGCUUGCGAAGAAUUCGGAUUCUUCAAAGUCGUAAACCAUGAUGUCCCUAUGGAAUUCAUAAGUAAACUCGAAUCAGAAGCCGUCAAAUUCUUCUCUUCUCCCCUCUCUGAGAAACUUAAAGCAGGUCCUGCUGACCCUGACCCUUUUGGCUAUGGCAACAAAAAGAUUGGACAAAAUGGCGAUAUCGGUUGGGUCGAAUACAUCCUCGUAUCGACAAACUCUGAAUUCAAUUACCAGAAAUUUGCAUCUGUUUUAGGUGUAAAUCCAGACAACAUUCGGGCUGCGGUGAAUGAUUAUGUGACAGAGGUGAAGAAAAUGGCGUGUGAGGUUCUUGAAAUGUUGGCGGAGGGAUUAAAGAUUCAUCAGAUGAAUGUAUUCAGUAAGCUAUUGAUGGAUGAAGAAAGCGACUCUAUAUUCAGGGUGAAUCACUAUCCGCCGUGUUCAGAGAUUGAAGAAUUCAAUACCAGAAAUAUGAUUGGAUUUGGAGAACAUACAGACCCACAAAUCAUAUCAGUAUUAAGAUCCAACAACACUUCCGGCCUUCAAAUUUUACUCAAAAAUGGUCACUGGAUUUCUGUCCCACCAGAUCCGAAUUCAUUUUUCAUCAAUGUUGGUGACUCAUUGCAGGUGAUGACUAAUGGGAGGUUUAAGAGUGCGAAGCAUAGGGUAUUGACAAACAGUGUGAAAUCAAGACUAUCAAUGAUAUAUUUUGGAGGACCACCAUUGAGUGCAAAGAUAGCACCAUUGCCAUCACUAAUGGAAGGAAAAGACAGUUUAUACAAAGAGUUUACAUGGUUUGAGUACAAAAAAUCUGCUUACAAGACAAGGUUGUCUGAUAAUAGGUUGGCCUUAUUUGAGAAAAGCUUAUAGUAGCGAUGUAUAUAACUUACACUUGUGAGAAACUAGUGACCUCAUAAUUAUUUUUCUGUUUUAGUCCAAGCAUCCAACUCCUUAGGGAGUGUUAUGUUGGAAUGAUGUUUUGUGAAUGAUAGUAGUUCAAAGUCAGCCAACGCA